AUGGGGGAAGCAGUGCAUUAUGAGUUGUCCCCUAGCCCGACAAAUAGCCGGGACUCAGGUUUACUCUCUCAGGCUACUCGGCCUAUUUCAGGCUCUGGCUUGCCAGUUAUCGGGCAUUCCACAGCACUAAAGCUGCUAGUUUAUUCCGCCGUCGUGCUGUUUGUGGCUCUCUGCGUUCGACGUCAAUUACAGCACUUGUCGAAAAGUGGUUGCAGGACUGGAGAUUCAGACUUGGGUGGUGACAUCUCAUCCCGCUCGCAAGACUCCGAUGAAGACAGUCCGUCCGGAGACCUGAGGUUUAACGCUCAAGCGCUAGGAACCGGCGCAGCGGAGGAAGGCGUCAGCAGGAGCUGUGAGGAUGAAGCAUCUGGCGGUGCCGCUGCGGUAGCUCCAAAACCAGCAGCAGAUGAGGAGGAUGACGACCCAGACAGCAAACGCGGGCAUCCAGCUGCUGGAAAAGAAUGUGGGAAACAUACAGUGGAAAGGCAAGGGCGUGCAAGAUGGAUGGGGCGGGUGGCUGGCCUCUUGGAAACUGCCGGCAAGAAAAUAUCUUCCGUCGCAGCAAAAUCUGAUGUGGCAGCAAACCCAGCAGCAGGAGGGGUAGCAGGUAAGACUGCUGCCAGCAGCUCAAAGGCACCUCAGCCAAAGGAACGCUCGCUUUAUUACCCGAAGUUGGAAUUCUGGGAUUUGUAUUCUCCCCACUAUAGACAUUUGGGAAGACCUUAUGACUUUCCGAACCUCAAGGCAGACAAGUAUAAAGUCCUGCGACAAGAGCUACUGAAGCUUGAGGAAUCCAUGGGUAACCUUUGCUCUCCCCAUAGCGAACCAUUUCGAGCUAGGGUCAAGGCGGACUGUGAUAUUCGCGGCGUUGGUACAGUGACCUUGCAUAUUGAGAUUGUGGAGGAAGGACCAAAGCAAAUUGAAGCAAUCGCGCCGAACGGGGCGGCGAACAAGGGGAGCCGAAAACAAAUGCAGCAAUUCAAGCAGACAAUCGUGCCAGCGGCUGUUCUGCGAAUGAGCUCGUUGGCCCAGUGCGAACUGUUCAGGCGACAGUCGGAGAAGCUGCAAGUGCAGCUGCCUCAGAUGUAG